AUGGCCCACACUACGGAGGAGCGUCAGCAAGUCUAUCGCAUGUGCAGAGCGUUGUUCAGCGGCGAUGGUGCGCAAUUACGACAAAAGAAACGGGUCCGCAAGGUCCUCGUCAAGAACAAAAGUUCUCUUCAACCUCUUUUCGAAGGGAUGGGCGAGGAGAAGCUUGUUAUUAUUGCCCAGUUUUUGUUGGAGAAUCGGGUCUUUGAAUCCGAUCUUCAAGCCAUGCUUAUGUUUCCCGAUCUCUUCCGUACCUCCCCGCGACGCGAUGCACAGCGAGAGGCAUCGGAAGCCGACGCAGCGAAAUCAGUUGCAAAUGCAUUGGUGGAUAUGACUCAUUCCGAGGACGAGGAUCACGGGCUCGCCGCGGUCGUUGACCCUACGGAAGGUGACAAAAGACACCCAGUUGAACCUGGUCAGAACGAUAAAGAUUCAGCUGUCACAACACCACCAUUCCUACUGCAUCCCAUCGUCCCGUCACUCUAUCCGUCAUACCUCACAUACAGCACGCAGCAUGCAAUCUUGACGAACGCUCAGAAGGCCUUGGAAGAGUGCUGCUUCGACUUCGCAAGUCGAUGGUUUCCAGAUGCCAUUCAACAAAAGGGCUGGGACUGCGCCUCAGCGGUUGAACUAACAAAAUGGUCGAGUAUAUUCAACAAACAAAUGUCAAGGCUUCCUUCGCACGCAAUCGCUCCUCUUAGCGCACCCGUUACGGAGGUCCUGUUCUCAACCCAUGAGUUGCGUCACACAGCCGUUCACAGGCUUCCCACGCCGGCUCGUGGGAUCAGCCAAAUGCUGAAAGCGGCCUUGAAGCUGGCAGAGACACUGCAAGACCAUACCUGUGCUGUGCAACUGGACGAGCUGGCAUCGCAGGUUGACAAGAAGAUCAAGACAAUGGAAAUGACCAAGAAUAUACUGGAGGAUCGUGCGAUUACGCAGCUCGAGGCCAUUCGCCGUCAGCGAGAAGAGCUCGAUAAGCAGGAAAAGGGGCUGAUUGAGGAAAUGAUGAAGGAAGAUUGCGAUCACAAAAUGCUCAUAGGUCGUCUUCUGGAAGCAUCCGUAGAGGAAAUCUUCGACAAAGAAAAAUCUUAUAUUGUGGAAGCAGAUGGGUCGGACGGUGCAGAGUUCGAGGAAGAAGUUGAGGUCCAAAAGCUCAACGGCUUCAAGGACACCAUCGAUGAAGCGGGCACUAUCGCUGACGAUGUUACUCACGAGCAGUUGGUCAUUGAGCAAUUCUACUUGUGA